CCAUCUAAAAACUCGAGGGCGGGGUCUUGCGGAAUCAAUGUCCCAGGCUGUCGCCCCCAAGUUGCUAGUUCGUCUGCCUUCACGAGAAAACAACUGCAUCCGCGCAUUAAAGGAUUGAAGUUAUAUAUUGUUUCCCUUUAACGAAGUAAAGGUAAUGGCUGUUGCUGUCUCAAGGGAUCUGUCAGUACAGGUGCUUGAGGAUUCGAAUACGGUUAAACUGACCAACAACCAGCAAAAUUUACGUGAUGGCAAACAGAGAGGUCAACCCAAAUGUAUCGGGGUGAGUCAGAUGAUGCUGGGCCUGAUGGUCAUUUCCUACUCUAUUCCACUACACUUAAUCAACUUUACUGAAGUGGUUUCCUUUGGCGUGCCAUGGUGGAGUGGGAUAGUGUUUAUAACAACUGGAGUGGUUGCCCUCAUCUUCAACAAGCGUUGUACCACAAGGACUUACCAAGCAUCCCUGCUGGUGAAUGGUGCUUCCAUAGUGUUCUCCAUUAUUGCCGUCAUCAUAUAUUCUGUGGAUAUACACAAAGAGCCCACAGAAGCAUGUGCGAGCUUGGACAGCACCUGUAAUGCACACUUCUAUGCCACAAAACUGAGCAGUGGACUAAAAUCCUCUCUACUAGUCUUCACCUUGGCCCAGACUGCUGUCUCUGCCUUUCUCUGCUUCCAUCUGUACAGAAUGAAGCAUACCUUUGGAUUGUACAAUCCUUUCUCUGAAGCUACUUCCUCUACUCCCACAACACUCACCUGACCAGUAAGGAUUAAUCAGGAGAACCGAAUUCAGAUCUUCAGCAAGAUGGAUUCAACUCCUUUGAAUGACAAAGUUCUACGAUGUACAUUAUAGUUAUUACAGUGGACUAAUAUACAUACCUGCUACAGUGUGUGCAAACCUGCUCUUGAACCAUGGGAACAUUUGACCUGUUAUAGCCAAGCGAGAUUAUGAAACACAGUAUUAAUUUCUGUUACUAUUGAUCACACAAAGUACUUGUUUUGUGCACCAUCAAAUAAAUAAAUGGUUUAAAAAUAAUAUGUGA